GCGGCCGAUGGCGCUGGGGCUGGAGGAGGCGUUCGGGGCGGCGGGGCCGUUCGGCGCGGGGCAGCGGCGCCUGGCCGCGCUGCUGGUGCUGCUGCAGGUAUACGUGGCUUGUCAGUCGAUGCUUAUUGUGCUUGUGGGAGCUGUGCCUGAGUAUCAUAUAGACCAAGAAGGAAUUCCAGCGAGCAGAGCGGAGCUUGCCAAGCAUAUCCACUUUGCAGACAACUUCACGUCUAUAGUAACUGAGUGGUACCUAAUUGAACAGGAAGCCUACAAAGUGAGUCUUGCAUCAUCCCUGUUUUUUGCUGGAUUGCUUAUUGGAAAUAUCACAUUUGGCCCUUUGUCAGAUAAACUGGGCAGGAAACCAGUGUAUAUCUCAGGUCUAUUUCUUGAUGUUGUUUUGGGGUAUGUCACAGCAUUAGCUCCAAAUUAUGAUAUAUUUGCAGUUUCACGUUUUUUUGUUGGAAUUAUGAAUGGUGGAAUGGCUCUUGUGUCUUUUGUCCUAACGCAAGAAUAUGUAGGAAAAUCGUUUUGGUCAUUUACAGGUUCAUUAACUAACUUGACAUUUGCGAUUGGCAUUGCUGCUUAUGCUUUACUGGGCUACUGGAUAAGGGAAUGGCGCUACCUUGCCUUGGUAUCAAAUAGUCCAGGAGUCAUCUUCCUUCUUCUUUCUUUUAUGCUCCCAGAAUCACCACGAUGGCUGUAUUCCCAAGGGAAAACAGCAGAAGCUGAAGAUGUGUUGCAAUAUAUUGCCCUUGGUAAUGGAAAAGAGAGAUUAAAUCUAAAAUUAAAACCAUGUGCAGGAACGUCGAGAAAUGAUGAAUCGACACCUGGUAUCCUAAACUUAGUGAAACACCCAGUCCUUCGGUGGCGAACUGUCAUUCUGAUGUACAUCUGGUAUGUCUGCAGCUUCGUGUACUAUGGACUAACUUUAAAUGCUGGUGAAUUAAGAGGAAACCUGUAUUUAAAUGUGGCUCUUUCUGGUCUUGUGGAAGUUCCAGCAUUUCCUCUCUGCAUGUUUUUUAUUGAGAAACCCUGGUCUGGAAGACGUAAAACUAUGACAUGUUUUUUGAUAUUUGCAGGAUUUGCAUGUAUAUUUACCAUGUUUUUACCAACAAAUGCUGGUCUGCUGCUCAGUCCCUCUUUGCUAGCUUUGUGUGGAAAAAUGAUGGUCAGCGCUGCUUUCAACAUUGUGUAUAUUUAUACAUCUGAACUAUACCCAACAGUGCUAAGAAAUGCUGGCUUGGGUGUGUGUUCCAUGUCUUGCAGAUUUGGGGGCAUUUUGGCUCCAUUUGUGCCAUCAAUGAAAUCUCUUAGUCCUUCUGUACCGUUCGUGGUGUUUGGAAUCAGUGGACUGUCAGCGGGAUUCCUGACUCUCCUUCUGCCAGAAACACUAAACAAACCAAUUGCUGAGAGCGUUGAAGAUCUCCAAAGUGCCAAGUACCAAGCGCUUAAGAACGAAGAGGCGGAGCAAACCAGUUAGAAGAAAACACUUAAAUUUCAGAAGGCCUGCCUAGUGGAAAAUGAAGCCUCCAUCGAGGAGAUGCUGUGACAGUUGAAGGGCAGAGUCUUGCUCUCUGUAUCUGACAGGAAAUGUUGGGGGACUCCUGUAUAAUGCUGUUUGUAGCACGUUGAACAAGCUUUACGUGGAGGCAAACUGAGAAGAUGGAAGAAGUUGAUCAAAGCUUGUGACAAAAGAGGUGACAACUCUGUCUGUUAACUGACGACUUAACAAAAACAUACUGUGGAUGUUUGGACUUCUCUACCACUUCUUAAAAUGAAGUAUUAAUUUAUUUUACAAAAUGUAAUUGCUAGCUUCAGAUUAAGUGAUAAUGUUGUAACUGAAGCGAUGUGUAUAAUUUAAAAUUUAGAUGGCCUUGUAUAUUCAGGGAAGCUGUAAUUGUGAAAAGCAACAGCAUCCUCUAUAUGCUAAUUUUCUCUACAGGGUUUUUUUCCUCUAUAUUAUGGUAUACCUCACAGUGUGAAGAGACCAAAGAUUUUUAUGGGUUGCCUGCCUUAGUAUGCCUAGCACGAGAAAUCUGAGCAGGAGAUAUGAAAGAGAAUAAAUUGAUUUUAUUGUGAGAGUAAGUAAUUUUUUAAUAUGGUUGUACAUGAAAAGAUACGUAAAGAUAAAAAUAAUACUAUGUUAGGAAAACGUCAAGCCUUUAAAAGGUGCAUUUAAAGAGAAGGAUGAGUAACCUUUUAGAUGAACUCAUUAAGUUCUAGCUGUACAUGUGGAACUAGAAAUAAUUGAACAUGAGUCAUAUAUUAUACAAGUUAUAUAUUGUCCAAUACAUUUCACAUAUGAAUUGGAAAUCCUCCCUGCAAGGGGAGUGUGUGUGUUUAGUUAACAGUUAAUAUAUUUUUGUUGGAAUAGACGCACCACAAAUGUUACCGUUUUUUGAUGGCAAACACAAUUUUGUUAUUAAAAAGAAAAUUAUUUAACAUCUGUAUCAUGAGUGCUGCUUUUUCCGAGAUGUUUACCAAGGCUUUUUGAAGAAUACCCAUAUCACUUUUGAUUUUGACCCUUUAUGUAAUGUGUCUGAUAGAAAAAAGUUACUGGAGAGCCUUUGUAUUUUGAGCACAUUCCAUAGCUAAGUAGUAGUUCUGCAAAUGAAUGUGUACCCAAUAUAAGUUUGUGUGCACUUACACACACACACACACACACGUGCCUCCCUAAGCAUACGCGUGUUGCUGUGCCAGGACGCCUCACUGAAAUCCGUGCUGUGUCCGCGCAUGCUUUACGAACAGCCCGAUCAGGUCCCCAGGAGGUGAAAAUGAAUUGCCAGUCAGAACAACCUCUAGAUAAUGUUGACCUGUGGGUGGAUUGCACGUGUAUUUGCCUAACCUCUGGGGCUGAAGCUUGAUGUCAAACAGCUUGUAGAAUAUGCUGCAAACUUUUGUCUUCUGAUCAUUUAUUUAUACAUCAUUUUUGUAAUGUUUCACAUUCGUGAGUUUGAGAAUUUUUUGUCAGAAUAAUAUUAAUGCCUUCCACUGCAUUAACAUUUAUAACCGUCGUGACUGCUUAUACCUCUUCAAAGGAUAAUUGGGUCAGCAGGGAUAUGGUAAGGACCAAGUUUUAUUAAUGUUGACUUCAAUUUUUUUAUUAGAAGAAAUAAAAUUUAAUAAGAAGUAGAAUGAUAUAAAAUUGUAUUCCCAAAGCAGAGACAAAACACUGAUAUAGGAAGAUUGUAAGUGUACUAUUAUGUGAGGGGAGUCUUUCUCCCUCCUGCCACACGUAUUGAGCUGUAUCAGUGCAUUUUUCCUCUGCCUUUUAUUUCACAUUAUAUGGAAAUCAGGAAACAAAGAUAAUUUACAUUUUGAACAUGCUUGUUUCUGCUUUAUUUGACCUGGAAUUAAUAAAUUCUUUGCCUGGGGUGACUUCUUUGAAUUUGAUAGUGAUGACCGGAAAGCUCUGUGUCCCAAAAAAGAAGUUAACGAACAUUUCAGCAGCCCUGGAGUCACUCACGGUAUCUGCAGCUCUUUUUACGAGUAUGGGCCAGCGUGGAAGCUGCUUUGGUACUUCAUCUCCAAGACCCGAAAGAAAAUACAGAUGGAAAUAUCAACUUCCAUUUUUGCUUCUUAUCUCUUCAAUUCACUUUAACACCUUGUUUGGCUUUUUACAUUAGAUAUCCUUGCUGCAUUUUGCUAUUGUUAGAUAAAAUGAUGCUGUUUGGAAAAAAGUGUCUUUCGCAUUACUCAUUUAGAAAGAAGGAAAUUAUUUGCAGCUUUAUUAGAAAUAUUUUCAUUUGCACUAGUGUAAUCAGUGCAUUAUAUCUUACAAAGUCCUUAGGUUAAGAAUCCAGCUGUGUCCUUUACUGUAUAUGUCACAGCAAAUCAGAGAAGACAGCGUUUUUGGUCAAAUAACUGCUUUUUUUGAGUAGAUAUCUUCCCUUAAAGCACUUGACUUUGUGGAAUUAGAAGUUCUUCACUUAGAGCAACUUUUUUCCCCCGUCAUUUUUAAUGAAUGGAAAGCAGUUUUGGGGAGGAAUGCCCUAAUAAAUUCUUUACUCAAUAUGGGACUAUUAGCUAUUACUUUCUAUUUCUCUGUAAAAAGAACAAAAGUAGCUGAGUUGAUUUAAAUGGCUUAUUAUAUACAUUAGGUCACAAUCCCCAUUUUCAAGUAUCACUUCUAGCUCUUCCCCUGUGCUUUAUUUGUGCAUACAAAUUUUAUUAUAAUGUUGCAUCUGCACUGUGCAUCUGUUUCUGUGGUAGAACAACGUCUUCAGUGUUUUAGCGCUUAAUUGUGAAAUUGCCUUUAUUCCUUUAUCUGCUUACAAACUGAUUUGAAGUCUUUCUACUUCAGUAUUUGAGCAAAUUAUACUGCUCUCUGGAUUUUACCAUGUUUCAGCCGUAAAUCUUCAGGCUUAAAGGAAAAAAAAAAAGAAAUUAAUUGGCUGCUUUGCACUGUCCUUAAGUACAUCUGUGGUACUCACAGGUUGUCCAGAAAGGAAGUCUGACCUGAUUUCAGCUUUUUUUCACUCCUUUCUGUGUUUCACCUUUUAAUCUUACUGGAUUUUCCCCUAAGGAGCACUGUUUUUUUCUUUUUUUCCUCUCCUAGGUGCUAAGAAUGCUGAGCAGAGAUGGAACUUGAACAGUCAUUUAGGCUGCCUACAUUUUAAUGCUAUUUCCCUGUCAUUAGAAGACAGUAUUUAUCCUUUAAUGCUUGGUUAGGCUUGCUUAAGCCUGAGUUUUCCCCUUGUCAAAGGA